AUGAUAAGGUCACAUUUGUUCAUCGCCACUAUCGGAGGGGACCAGGCAUCUGACUGCAACUGGCAGGGUUCGAGGAUUCAGAAUAGUACAGUGGGCAGAGUAGCCCCUGUACAAAAGCUCAGCUGCGAAGACAUCACUCUCCCUGGAUCUCUGUUUGCAGUGUGGGCAGAAAUGCAGGAUCUUAUCCAAGAACCUCCAGUGACGAUGGACCCGCUUACAGCAUCCAAUUGGCUCCUUGUCUCACAGGACUGCACAAGUGUACAGUACACAACACAGAAGCUGUUGUUUCCAGCCAACCCUGAGAGGUUUUAUGUUGGAGUGAUAGGUUCACAAGGCUUCAACUCAGGUGUGCACUGCUGGGAUGUUGGAGUUGGAUAUAGUGAGAAAUGGACCCUCGGGGUAGUGGAAGACACUGUGGAUCGAACGAAACUUCUGGUCAUGGAACCCCGAGCUCGAUUCUGGAGCAUACAUCUCAAUGAUGGUGUGUACAGGUUGGGUGUACGAGCACAGACUGAGAUCAGUGUGAAAGAAGACCCAUGGAUUAUUCGUGUGUGGCUGGACUAUGAUAAGGGCCGAAUCAGAUUCUGUGAUCCACACAGAAACAAAACCUUGGCCGCUUACAACUGCAAAUUAAAAAAGAAAGUCUUCCCAUACUUUUGUAGUGGAAGCACUGAUUUCCCAUUGACUCUCUUUCCUGGAAAAGUAUAGGUACACUGUAAAACACUGCAAGCGAC